AUGGCCACCACUUUUGAGAGUUCUGACCCAGCUGUCUACAAAGAGUAUGAAGCUCAGUGGUCCACUCUCCCCACUGACGCUGAGGGCUGGAUCAAGCGUGCCAAAGAUGUCGCUCAAGUCCUAGCAAAAGACGCUCCAGCUCGAGAGCGCGCAAACAAGUCUCCAAAGGCAGAAGUUGCUCUUCUCAAGCACUCUGGUCUUCUCAAGAUCCUCGGUCCGGCUAAAUAUGGCGGUGGUGAACAGCCAUGGAGUAUUGGCUUCAGAGCAAUUCGCGAAGUCGCCAAGACGGAUGGGUCUGUUGGCAUGCUUCUCGGCUACCAUCUCGUCUGGUCCACAACCGCCAACGUAGUCGGAACUCCUGAGCAGGCAGACCGCACGCACAAACUAAUCAUCUCAAACAACUACUUCGUCGGCGGUGCCGUGAACCCUCGCGACAACGAUCUCAAGAUCACUUCCAACGGAGAUAAGAUUGUCUUCAAUGGUUUCAAGAACUUUAGCACUGGCGGUGUGAUCUCAGACUUGACUGUUCUUGAGGGUGUUUAUGGUGAGAAGGAAGAGCACAUCUUUGCUAUUGUUCCGACGCAGCAGCCUGGCAUUCAGUUUAAGCAUAACUGGGAUAAUGUUGGGCUGAGGCUUACGGAGUCGGGGGGUGUUAAUAUCGAGAAUGUUGAGGCUCCAUGGGGUGAUGCCUUGGGAUGGGAUGUUGAGGCCAAGAAGCCUGAUCCCAAGAUAUUGGCUAUUCCAUUUACCAGCCUCUUUUUGCCGACAAUUCAGCUUAACUUUGCCAACCUUUACCUCGGCAUUGCGGCUGGUGCUCUUGAGUUCGCCAAGGAGUAUACUCUCAAGAACACUCGCGCCUGGCCCUUCGGCGGCGAUAACAAGGAGAAAGCAACAGACGAAUUCUACGUCCUCUCCACCUACGGCAACUUCUUCGCCCACCUCCGCGCCACCGAAGCACUCGCGGAGAAAGUCAACGCCGAAGCAGACUCCCUCUACGCAAAGUACUCACAAGAUCGCUCUGCCGUUACAGCCGAGCAACGCGGUGAAUUUGCCGAAUGGGUCGCCAGUCUCAAGGUCGUCACUACAGACACUGGUCUUAAGAUCACGUCGGGAGUGUUUGAAGUUACGGGUUCGAGGUCGACAGCUGCCAAGGUUGGGUUAGAUAGGUUCUGGAGGGAUUUGAGAACGCAUACGCUACAUGAUCCUGUGGCGUAUAAGAAUAGGGAGUUGGGAAGUCAUGAUGUUAGAUAUCUCACAGGAUAA